AUGCCUCGCUGCCGAAAUCAGCACGAGGCCCAACCGUUGCCACAGGCUCCCGAGGGGCCAGGCGUGAUGCCAUCCUCCGCUCCGUCGCGGUCUUCAGCUGUGGUGGGCAAGGACCCAAGCUCUGCGGGUCUUCCUACCGCAAGCGCACAGCGCACAGUCAAGAAGAAUGCUUCUGUUGCAUGCCAGGCCUGCAAAGCCUCGAAACGGAAGUGUGAUCAACGCCAACCCUGUUCAAAUUGCCUCACGAACAACAGAGUGUGCGUCUUCGACCCAUCACAAGAUGGGAGAAGGAAGCAGGCCCGCAAAAGGAGGCUUGAGGAACUCGAACUUCGCAGCAACGCUCUGGACAGGAUCCUGAUCAGUCUCCGGAACUCGUCAAGCCCAGAGGCACGACAGUUGCUUGACUUGAUCAAGCGAGAUGGGCCCCUCGAGGAGAUCCUCGAGUUUCUCGACGCACAUCCAGGGCCCGUAGCAAACGAGACACGGGCAGCUCUGUCUGCCACUCCUCCUCCUGAAGGUGGUGGCGGAAUACGUCGCAUGCUCGCAAUUAGUGAGCUGACUGACGAGCCUACGUUCCGGGUCCCUGCCGUUCCAUGGACUACCGUCACGAAAGAUGACCUGUUCGUCUCCCAUCUAGUCUCGGCCUACCUUAAUUGGUAUCAUUUCUACUACCACAACUUCGACGAGAAGUUGUUUCUUGAAGCCAUGGUUGCGGGGGAUCUGCAGUCCCCGUACUGCUCACCUUUCUUGGCCAAUGCGGUCCUGGGGAUGGCUUGCUUUUUCUCGGACCACCCUUUGGCCUUUGCGACGCAGGGGGAUGCGGGCUCGCGAGGACUCCAUUUUUACAACGAGGCUCAUCGGCUUUGGACGUUCGAAGCCGCUAAGCCAACACUAACCAAUAUCCAAGGGUUUACUAUUAUGAUCAUGAUGCAAGCUUUUAUUGGCAAGGACAGAGUCAGCCUUACCUCCUUGAAACAGCUUGAGGUCAUGAUGCCCGAGCUUCUUCGUCAAUAUCAGAAACCCAGCAAAAACGCGACAUCGUCUGAUGAUUUCCGGCGGUCCCUCCAGAUUGUGCAGUGGGCGGCGCACAUUUAUGCAACGGGAUUUGGUACGGGAUUCCUGGUUGCCCCGAUGAUGCCAAAGCCAUCUCUUGAGGCGCCAUACGCUUCCGAAGUUUGGCGCAACCAUCUCACAUCCUGGUCACCUUAUCCGAAGGCUGGAGAUCCCAUUGAGCUGCCGCUUCACGCCCUCUACCACUACAUGUGUGAGCUGUACAUUUAUGCGAGUGAUAUGCAGUCUCUUGCCUUUGCCGAAUUUGCUAAAAUGAACGCCCUAGAAAAGCUUCAUGCGGCUCGAGAUCUGGACAGGAAAAUGUUGGAAUGGUAUCAGUCUAUACCUCAGCGGUUCCAGGUGGACGACCCAACAUUUGUGCUGGCUCCGACCACCAUCGAUUUGGCAUUGAGUUUUCAUCAUUUCCGGCUGCAUCUGUGGAAUUGGACGAUCCCACCACCCCCGAGUGCGUCGAAGCCCAAUAACGUGCCCGAAAAUGACUCGGCGACAGGGAAAAGUCCAGGCCGGGACGAACUGGACCAGAUCACCCGUGAGGCCAAGGAGAAGUGUAUGCAGAUCGUCACGGUCACGAUACGGAUCAUCCAAAAAUCAGACGCUGUCUAUGGACCUCGCUUCUUCACCGUUCUGACGCCACAAUCUGGCAUCCUCGCAGCUAGUUUCCUGCUAUCUGGAAACCUCAACUCUGAGGUCGAGGAGGAACUGCUGCUGGAGGUCAUGCGGGUCCUGGUGGGAUGUUCGAGGCAGCGGCAACUAGUCAAGGGUGUCACGCACAUGUUACUGAAGACGGCGGAAGACAAGCUGGCUGCCGCUGGGGAUGGACCUACGCCGCCCGGCGGAGUCAGCAAACCUCUCCUGGAGAAGCUGACAGUCAUCGUGAAGGACAUUGCCUGGGCCGGCCAAGAACACCUCACCUUCAGCUCCAAAUAUCCCAACCACGUGCUCAUCAAGGAAGAUCCCGACACCGAGUUGAGCUCGUUACUCGAGAAAUGGGCGGACAUGGGCUUGCACGAGGAAGAGCACGCCGAGGGCGCUGAAGCCUCUGGCGACGGCCAAAUAACGGACAAGGGACGACGGAAGGAUGGUUGA